CUCCGCCCCUCACUCUCCAGCAGCAUUCACUUCUCUCACACACACUGGCUUCAGCCUAUGUCCUGCAUCCCUGAGCUGGUCGGGAAUUGUUGCUCCAAAGCCUGUGGGGCUGUGUGUGGCAGCGCUAGGGGCGGCUGAUGAGGAGCCGCCAGUGUGGGCACUAUGUUCUGCACCAAGCUGAAGGAGCUCAAGCUCACAGGGGAAUGUCCCUUCUCUUUGCUCACACAGAGUCAGGGCUCCGAGGAAGGGGACGAGGAUGUGCCGGGCACUGCUGCUGCUUCUUCCCCCAUCUGUAAGGAAGUAUGUGAGAUCCCCGGCCCGGGAAACAGAGAUGAGGGAACCCCGCAACGAAAGAGCAGCCGGAGCAAGGUCUAUCUGCACACCUUGGCAGAAAGCAUCCGAAAGUUUAUCUUCCCUGAGUUUGACAGACUGAAUCUUGCCCUUCAGCGGUCAAUAGCAAGGCACAAAAUAAGAGGCAGCACCAGCAGGUCAGCUUUUUCUGGUUUUAAAUUGCCAAGUAUGCCUGUUUGUGGAAAAACUGCAGAAACAGAAAAUUUUGAAAAAAUUGUUAUCGAUCAGUCAAAUGCAGCAGGUGUUCCUGUAGAGCAUGUUAAAGAAACUUUGGGUGAUGAACUCUUUAGAAUUUGCUAUGAAGAAGAUGAACAUGUAUUGCAAGUUGUUGCGGGAACACUGAAAGACUUUUUAAAUAGCUUUGGAACCCAUCUGAAACAGAGUGGCCAAUCCCGAACACUGGAAGAAUGUAGUGGACUUGAAGAAGGUUCAAUUCUGUGCCUAGAAAAAGAUCAAGAUUAUUUAAAUGUGUACUAUUUCUUUCCUAAUAAUAUUACACCUUUAAUAUUACCUGGAAUAAUUAGAGCUGCGGCAUGCAUCUUGUUUGAAACUGAAGUAGAAGUGAGGUUGAUACCCCACUCUUGCAGUGAUGGCAAUGACUUUAUUAAGGAACCUUACUUACUGUAUUCUGUGCAGGUGAAAAAUACAAGGCCUUCAUUAUCACCAAGCAAACCCCAGUCAUAUGUUGUAAUACCUGCGUCCAUUUUCUGCAAAACAUUUCCUUUCCAUUUUAUGUUUGACAAGGAUAUGACCAUGUUGCAAAUUGGUAAUGGAGUGAAAAGGCUCCUCAACUGGAGAGACAUUCCACGGAAAUCCACUUUUGAGGAAUACUUUGAAAUCCUUUCUCCUAAAAUAAGUUGUACGUUUAGUGGAAUCUUGACUAUGUUGAAUAUGCAGUUUGUUAUAAGAGUUAAAACAUGGGAUAGUACAACUGACCAAACAUCAAAGGCAAUGAAUUUGAAAGGUCAAAUGAUCUAUGUAUUUGAAUCCAGCGCCAUUUUGUUUUUGGGAUCACCAUGUGUGGACAGAUUAGAAGAUUUCACAGGACAAGGGUUGUAUCUAUCGGAUAUUCCAAUUCACAAUGCCCUGAGGGAUGUUGUAUUGACUGGGGAACAAGCAAGAGCACAGGAUGGAUUGAAAAAGAGGUUAGGAAAGCUAAAAGCUACUCUUGAGCAAGCUCAUCAAGCUCUAGAAGAGGAGAAAAAGAAGACUGUGGACCUUUUAUUUUCAAUUUUUCCUGGUGAAGUCGCUCAGCAGCUGUGGCAAGGGGAAACUGUACAGGCCAAGAAAUUUAAUAACGUAACAAUGCUUUUUUCAGACAUUGUGGGAUUCACAGCAAUCUGCUCUCACUGUUCGCCCAUGCAAGUUAUCACAAUGCUCAGUGAACUUUACACCCUAUUUGAUUUUCAGUGUGGAGAACUGGAUGUUUAUAAGGUGGAAACUAUUGGCGAUGCGUAUUGUGUGGCUGGGGGCUUACACAAAGAAAGUGAAACACAUGCUUUUCAGGUAGCCCUGAUGGCCUUGAAGAUGAUGGAACUUUCAGAUGAGGUGAUGUCUCCCCAUGGAGAGCAAAUCAAGAUGCGUAUCGGUUUACAUUCUGGGUCAGUAGUCGCAGGCGUUGUUGGAGUGAGAAUGCCAAGAUAUUGCCUUUUUGGAAACAAUGUGACCCUUGCCAACAAGUUUGAAUCCUGCAGUGUGCCAAGAAAGAUCAACGUGAGCCCUACAACCUACAGACUGCUGAAGGAUUACAAAGGAUUUACAUUUACUCCACGAUCAAGACAAGAUCUCCCACCAAACUUUCCCAGUCACAUUCCUGGUAUUUGUUAUUUUCUCGAAGCCUAUAAUCAAGAAAUGCUGCCCAGAAUGUGCCAAAGAAAGACUGUUGAAGACACCCAUUUCAUCAAGACAAAAUGAUUUAUUUAAUCUUAACAUACUGAUAUUAUAUAUACAGAUAAAUAUAUAUAUAUGGCUCUUAAUUAAUUGUGCAACAAAUAUGCUUAUGUCGUCUUCCUUAAUAUUGAUGAAAUCUUGAAAACCAUACGCUUCCAGUAUUAAUCACUUAGAAGUUAUAAUCUACUGCAAAAUUUUUCUGGACUGUAGAAUGCAUUUUAGAAGAAUUCAACUGGUUUGAAAAAUGGGAACAUUGUGGUUUUAGUCUUCCAGUUUGGAAAUGAUUCUCUAUUAUGGCACGGUACUUGGUAAGAUUAUGCUUUUCUGCCUAGGAAAGAUUUUAUUUAAAGAUUUGUACUUAUAUUUUUGCCUAGAAAAAAAACUUCAGACUAAAAUACAUGCAAAGUGCCAAACAUCACAAUUUCAAACAGAGUUUAUGUCCAAAAAUGUUUUUAUCUCUGCACAGUAAAAUGCAGUGAAAGUAGAGAUCUAAACUUAUUUUGUACUACCAUUGCCAUAUACAGUAUAAAACACAAUGAGAUUAGAAGCUUGGCAGAGUGGCAGAGAUAGCACAACUUAGCAAGGCAAAGAAAACAACAUAACAGAAGGUUUAAAGGUUUAGAGGUUAUUUUAUAAAAAAUAUAUAUAUUUUGUAACAGAACAGUGCCAAGAAUUCUGUGAAUACAAAAGGCAUAACAAUGAUUAUGAAUUGUUCAAAAAAAUGUGAUGAUAGUUUCACUGUUAGUCUGUUAAAAUUCCUUUCUAGGGCCUUCAGUUUGACAACACUGAAAUUUAGGAGCAAACUUAUCAAAAUUUGAGUUCAUGUUUUUGCUGCAAUUCCAUUUUUUUGCGAUUAAAAUUUCAAAUUUGAGUUUAAGUUUCCAGAACUCAUAUCUUCACCAAAAAAAAACUAAAAAAAACUUGUAGCAUCUAAAAGAUGGACAUUUCAUGUAGAAAUCAUUGAGAGUUGUAUUUUUAAAUUUCAAGUUAUUUUUUAGUUCAGGUUUUGAUUAUGAAUUUCAAAUUUUAGCACACAUUGAUAAUAAAGGGUGGAAUGUGAUUUCAUUCUGUUCCAGUUGUUUUCUUACACAUGUAAGCAACCAAGUUUUGAAGUUUCUAGAUUAUUACAUUUUUGUGUUUUUUUUUUUUCAAAUUUGAAAAACACUCAAAAAUCUUUAUGUAGUGAGCUGUAAUCUCACAUAUUGAUAAAUCAGCCCCAUAGUGUUGGCUUUAGUACUCUUUUUAGCUUUAUAUUAAAUAUUCUCUACAGAUAGAUUGUGUGAUUUUUGUGAAAACUAACAAGGAAUAUACAUAUAUGGUGGACUUUAGGUGCGUUGGAAAAAGGCUGUGUUUUCCCCUUAAAGAAUAAAUAAAGUUCUAAUCACUGGGGUGGGCCAAAUGUUUCCUCCUCCCCCCCCUCUAGGUAACAACUGCAGUGGCACGGGUUACUACUUCUUUCACUACUUCCUUCUUUGCAUCUAGUGCACAUGUGCAAUAAAGUUGCAAUCUGAACUUAAA